UCACGCGCUUUCGAAGACACCGGAAGUACUUUAGAGGACGUUCCGGUUUCUAAAGUGUAAAGAUGUCGCCGUCCCUAUUCAAUUUUACCGACGCUAAAGACAAAUUCACGGUUGCUGCCAAGGACACCUUCCCUAGUAAAUCCUGCAAACAUUUAAUUGGCGUUUUUAAUCAAAUCCCUGGCAAUGAGACGGAGAAGAAGACCACCCUUGACCAGGCUUUGAGGGGCGUUCUUGGUGAACAGAUUUCUCAGAAUGAUGAACAAAGGUUGAGUUGUGAUGACCACCUGUCUCUCAUCUACCUGAGCAUUGAUGCUGUUACAGAGGGUAUCUGCUCCGCCACAACCCCGUUUGUCCUUCUGGGAGAUGUGCUGGACUGCCUUCCCCUUGACUUGUGUGACAAAAUAUUCUCUUUUGUUGAGGAGAAUGUUUCCACCUGGAAAUCGAGCUCCUUUUACACAGCAGGGAAGAACUAUCUGUUGAGGAUGUGUAAUGAUCUUCUGAGACGACUGUCCAAAUCUCAGAAUACAGUAUUUUGUGGGCGAAUCCAGCUUUUCCUGGCACGUCUCUUCCCCCUAUCAGAGAAAUCAGGUCUUAAUCUGCAAAGCCAGUUCAAUCUGGACAACCUAACGGUGUUCAACAAAAAUGAGCAAGAGAGUAAUCUCGGCCAGAAGAACCCAGAUGAAAAAGAAGAGGGUAUGGAGGUUGAGGAGGGAGAAAUGGGAGAGGAAGAACCACCUGCGCCAUGUUCCAUUCCAAUUGAUUACAACCUGUACAGAAAGUUCUGGACGCUGCAGGACUACUUCAGAAAUCCAGUACAAUGCUAUGAUAAAUUUUCGUGGAUGACAUUCCUUAAGUACUCAGACGAAACCCUGGCAGUGUUCAAGAGCUACAAGCUGGACGACAUGCAGGCGUCUAAAAGGAAGCUGGAGGAGAUGCGAGCAUCUGAUGGGGAACAUGUUUACUUCGCCAAGUUUCUCACAAGCGAGAAGCUGAUGGACCUGCAGCUCAGCGAUGGCAACUUCAGACGGCACAUAUUGCUGCAGUACCUCAUCCUCUUCCAGUACCUGAAGGGUCAGGUCAAAUUCAAAAGCUCCAGCUGCAUUCUGAAUGACGAUCAGUGCAAUUGGAUUGAGGAGACAACUAAGCUGGUUUAUCAGCUCCUACGAGAAAUCCCUCCGGAAGGAGACAAAUUUGCCGCCAUGGUGGAGCACAUCCUCGACACCGAGGACAACUGGAACGGCUGGAAAAACGAAGGGUGUCCCAGCUUUGUGAAAGAGAGACCAGUCGACGACAAACCCAAAAGACCCACCAGGAAGAGACAAGCGCCAGAAGACUUCCUUGGAAAAGGGCCAGACCGCAAGAUUUUCAUGGGAAAUGAUGAGCUGACCCGGCUGUGGAACCUGAACCAUGACAACAUGGAAGCCUGCAAGUCCGACAGCAGAGAGUUCAUGCCGUCUCUGGAUGAGUUCUUUGCAGAAGCUAUUGAACAGGCCGACCCGGCCAACAUGGUGGAGGACGAGUACAAAGUUGUGCGCAACCCCAACUACGGCUGGCGAGCUCUGAGGCUGCUGUCCAGGAGAAGCCCGCACUUCUUCCAGCCAACUAACCAGAAGUUCAAGAGUCUGGCCGACUACUUAGACAGCAUGGUCAGCAAACUGGCCAAAGAACUGCCGAAGGACAUUCCAUCCGAAGAAAUCAAGACGGGAGAAGAAGACGACGACGAUAAUGGAGAUAACCUUCUCAAAGACAGCAAUGACAGUCCGAGCAUUCAGAGCAAACCUGUGACGAACCAGCAGAUGGACGACAUCGCAGCCAAACUGGGUACUCAAUGGAAGACGCUGGCUUCUCAUUUGGAGAUGAAGGCAGCGGAGUUGCGGGAGAUUGAAACGGAUAGCGAAGACGCCGACAUGCAGGCAAAGCUGCUGCUGGUGGCCUGGCAGGACAGAGAGGGCUCCCAGGCUACCGUGGAGAGCCUGGUGGCAGCUCUCAACGCUGCAGGGUUCUCCCAGAUUGCAGACAGCCUCAAUGAGGCUUAA